AUGGCCCUCACUCGGUCUUUGUACAAUGAUCCCACGAUGACAACAAGAUCCCUGACGAGGCUUCCACUUCUCACCACCUGCCAGCCUCUGCCCCUUGCCCACGCCGUCCAGCUGGCACCAUGGAAGAGAUUUGCAAGAGGCCAGGCCUUCGAUGCCUCAUUUGACCCUGACGACCUGGCAGAGGCCAGGAGGUGGCGUCAGGGCUUCAGCGAGGCUGCCAUACCCAAGGGCACAACCUCAUUUGCCAGGUCGAGUGGUCCAGGUGGGCAACACGUGAACAAGACUGAGACCAAGGCAAUCACCACCUGGUCCGUGUCAGAACUGAGCCAGGUCGUGCCAAAGCUCAUGCGCCCUCUGUUGCGCUCCUCCAAGAACUACGUCAAGGGGAAAGACUGCAUCUCGUUUCAGGCGCAGACAAAGCGCGACAGGAACGCAAAUGCCGACGAGAACCGGGCCAAGCUGCUGGAAGAGCUGCACCAGAUGUACAGUGAUGCCGUGCCCGGUGACACGAGCGCUGAGAAGGUGCAAAAGCACAAGGCACUCGAGAGGUCAUUCCGAGAGUCCAGGCUGAAGGCGAAGAAACAUCAAAGCUCAAAGAAGCAAUCCCGAAGGGGCGGUUCCGAGUAG